CUUACAACCAAACAAAAUGGCCGAUGUUCAUUGAAAUAACUUGUUGAAAUUUUAAAAGAAUUCGCCGUAAACUGAAAAUGUCUAAAAGGGAACAAAGUGAUAGAAGUGAGAGGAAAUUGGACUCGAGUGAUUAUGAAAAUCUUAUAUCACAGCACAGUAUAUUUGAGCGGACUAAACACCAAGAGUUGCCCAGUUUUCCUGGGUUUUCUAAUGCAGAAACUCAAACAAAGCCUGGUGAUGUAAAAGGUCAAGGAGUACAGUCAGCUUUAGGCCCAUGGCACUAUAAUCCAUGGUGGAUGUUGGCAAGCACUUCAAGAACCACUCCAUCACAUGAUGAUUUUUCAGAAAAUAGUGACCAGGCUAAGGUUAAGCAGGAACCCAGAGGAGCACCAUCCCCCGAACGUGAUCCUUUAGGGGGUGACCUAGACCACUACAGAAGCACUGUGACACCACCUGUAGGAUUAGACUCAUUCUGUGAUGAUUGCUCAGAUCCAUUUUGUGAUUCCAGUGCUGCAAUCUGUCGGAAGCUGUUUCAUUGUCCACAUUGCAGAAAGAGCUACCCUACUAUUCUCGAAUUUAACACACAUCUAACGGGUGUGCAUCCUGCACAAAAGCCAUUUAGAUGCCAAAUCUGCUUGGAACCCUUUCACAAGAAAUCACAUCUAAGAAGACAUUUAGAUGCUAAUCACACUCGCAAAGAUGUAAACAAGUGUUCAGUAUGUUCAAAGUACAUCAAAGAUAAGAGUAACCUACGUAAACAUAUGCAAGUCCAUACUGGCAGAGUACCUCAGAAGCAGUUCAAAUGCGAUCUUUGCAAUAACAAACGCUAUAUGUCAUUAGACAGACUCAACAACCAUAAAGUUGUUUGCACUGGAGAGAAAGUGCUGAAAUAUUGCGAUAUGUGCCCAAAGGUAUUUGACAACUCCAGGUCAUUAAAUAGCCACAAGAAAGUCCAUGCCCGAGAACUCAAGUGUGACAACUGUGGAGAACAGCUUCGAUCUUUGGAACAAUUUACAAACCACAAGAUGAUUUGUCAGGGAUCAUCAGAAGCAGGGAUCGGUGGAGGACUGAGCGGUGCGCCAAGCUCUGCCAGCUCAUCAGGCAACCGCUGCUGCACACAGCCUGGCCUGUGUGAGCAUGAUAAGCCUGCGUACCUCAACAUCCCCGGCUAUGCAGCUGGCAGAGUGCUUGAUGCAACACUCUCAUCAUUAAAAUCUGAAUUGAACUGAUUAAGCAGCCUACACACAUGUCCAUAAAAAGGGUAUAACUAAUUUCAUUUUUUACAUGAUUACCAAAUAGUUGAAAUGAUGACAGCAAAAAAUAAUUUUCAUGAUUGAGAAUUACACAAGACUGAUGCAAAUAUCCCGCCUCA